AUGCAAGUCUUGUUAGAUUUACUUGAAAAGAGAAGUAUAUGCAGUGAUAGUGAAAAGGCAAUGAGGGAGAUCAGAUUUUAUCGAGAUCGAUUAGGAAGUUUUAGUCGUGAAUCAGCUCUUUCCUCUGCUAAUAAAAUACAACCCGAUGAAUGGUGGAGGCUAUUUGGAUAUAGUACUUCUUUCUUGCAAAAAGUUGCUAUUCGACUCCUUAGUCAAACAUCAUCUUCUUCAGGAUGUGAGCGUAACUGGAGUGUUUUUGAGCAAAUUCACACCAAAAAAAGAAAUAGAUUGGAGCAUCAAAGGCUUAGUGAUCUUGUAUUUGUAAAUUAUAAUCUUCGUUUGAAGUGCAGGCUUCAAUACAAAAAAAGAAAUUAUGAUCCGGUUGAUUAUGAUUGCAUUGACAAAACGGACUUUUGGAUAGCUGAAGAAGAAGAAGCAGAAUUCGUAGAUGGAGAUAUGGUUGAAGCAAUAUAUGCAGAAGAUGCUAUUCCAACUUUGGAUGAAAGCCACAAUCAAGAUGACGUGGAUAUGAAUGAACUCAAUGAAGAAGUGGAUUUUGAGUUAUUUGGUAAUGCAAGUUGUGAUGAUGCAUUUGAUCAACAUGGAACUUGA